AAUCAUAAUGGAAGAUUAGCAUCCUCUUUUUCAAAAGCAAAUGAUUGCGAGUGAAGUAUGGGUAGUCAGAAUUAUGUUAAAACACCAUUGAUUAAGUUAGUUUUGACCCAUUGCGACGGUUUUUACAGAAACAAUUGAAUUUUUGCUCCAAAUUGUCUGUUUUCGUAAAACACUAGGCGUCUCCAUCGAUUAGGUUUCCAUAAACAAAGUGUAGCGCGUGUUCCUCAACAGUGGAAUUAUUUUAUUCACUCGAUUAGAAUAAUAUUUAUGUGCAUUUGCUUAAAGAGAUUAUUUGUGCCGUAAUGCUAACCAGAAAUGAAGCCUGGACGGCCAUUUAUUUACACCUCGAAUGGUUAAUCGUGAAUGUCAGCAGCGAACAGGUUCGAGAUCGGGAACGUGUUUACUUUUUGCCCGUGCGUUGCUGCCGUUAGCCAAACCUUACUUUUUCAGCCUACACGCUUGACGAUGAUAAUAAUAAGUGAUUAUGGUUCCAUCCUACCAAAACUGGCCGCUGCUAAUGCGGAAGCAGCGAGCGCCUCGGUAAGGAGAUAAAUCUAAUUUCAACUUCCAUUAAUAAUUUUUUUUGUCGCUUCGUCUUUUUCUUCCCUUUUCCCUUUCUAAUGUGUUCAACGACGUGGAAAACGCUGUCGAGUAUGGCAUUGGUUUUCUUGGGCGAAUAAAACAAAAGUUAUUCCUUUAUCCACCGUCCGAUGGACACGGACGCCAAGAACCUACGGUUGCAUUUGUGUCCGAGCGAUUUUUUUGUCGUGUCUUGGUUUGUCAUAGAACGCCACAAGAAUGUUUAUUUCGCAAGAAUUACGCACAGCGGUGGAAAAAGAAGAUAAAAGAAGAGAACAUUCCAUUUCGAUUUUCAUUUCCACGGUGGUCCAUUUCUUGGAUCCGCAUGUUUUGGCUUACCUUCUGGGAGGGUUUGUGUUUCAUGAUAUUAAAAUUAUGCUCGAGUUUGGGAUGGCUUGAGGGUGGCAAGGGAAACCCGCGUGGAUUCAAGGUAGUACCACCGGGCUACGGGUAGUAAUAUCAAUUUGGUGAAUCUUGAACGGUUGUUGAAAAUCACCUUUGAUUUUCUUUUUUGUUCCAUUUGACGCUAUUUCUUUGAAACGGGCCCCAGCAACAACCGUGAAAUGUAUAUCGUGGCAAAUUAAAUUAAGGAUACUGCCACCGAAUGAGGCUUUUGGUUUACCGUGUUGUUGUUUUUUUGUUUGCCUCGUUUCGGGAAGCAAGUGCGAUCUUAAUUUAUUUUGCCACUACUUGCCGAAAACGGGUGGCCAAUCCAAUCGGGGCCCGAACUGGACAGGCAAAAUUUCAUCAAUAUAAAAUUAAAUUUAUUAAUCCAAACAGAUGUAACUUUAGCGUGGUUUGGCGCGGUUUUUUUUUGGGAAGGUUUUGGAAGUGGAAAUUAAAUUUCGGCCCUUCAAACAAUCGCCACAUUCAAUGCGGGUUGGUGUGUGGUUGGUGUGUGAAAAGCAACUAAACCCGAACGGUGCUGAUAGUAUUGCUGCGUCUCAUGAAUGUGUACAUAAUUUAAAACACCCACACCACCGGUAACGAGAAGAGUAAAUAGCAUGACCGUAGUCUUGCUGUUUUUCGUUCAUCAUCAUCGUCGUCGUCGUCAACAUCAUCUUACAGUAUUCCUUUCAUUUGCACAAACAUCCAACUUGCCACUUUCACCUUCUCCCCAUCUUUAUCUCUCUGUCUCGCUCCUUCCAAACGCUUCGAGUUUCGUAAUGGUUAGUCAGUCGUGACAUUUUUUAAUCAAAAGAGAAAAAAAAGCAGACCAAAAAAAGAAAAGACCGCUAGGCCAACAUUCGUAUAGAACCAUAGAAUUUUGGAUAAGUAAAAAAGAGGAAAUAAAACCCUCUAAGAAAAUCCUUACCACCGCACAGCCGAACGGUACCGGUACCAUGGUGCAAGGGGUGGAAAAAAUAAAAUGGCUAACGGAAGGAAAAGAACGAACGCAGCAUAAAAUCCGGAACAUGGAAAACAGGCAACCGAGCAGAGCGAAAGCGUUGUAAUGUUUGAUUUUCAUUCGGGAUCCCUUUUUUAUUUGCCUUUUUCCCGUUCGUUGCAAUAGCCCCUGUGGGUAGGCAAACCGGGAAAGCAAAAUAGGACCGUGCGAGCUUUCGCUCGGUACGCGGUACCGUACUUUUGAUUAGAGCUUUUCCAUCAUCGGAUGCUGCUGGCCCCCGUGUAUGAACCCAGUGCCUUAUUGCAUUGAACAUCCGUUAAGCUUUGAAAGGUGAGCCAUGUACCGUCGUGUCCUGGUUCACCGAACCCAGACGAAUUACCAUCGAUCUUAACAAUUAAUCUUUUACGUUUGGUACCUUUUACACCGCCAAAUGGUAACUCAAUAAAGAUUGCAGCUGUUGUCCCAUUUAUUGGAUCAUAUAAAGAUUGCCCCAAAAAUUGCCUUUUUUAGGAAAACAUUAAAAAAGCUAAUUGCGUAAUGCGGAAAGCGUGACUUUUAGGCGCAAAAUUUCUAAAACUUUUUACUCAAUUCCGCCUAAAUGUAUGCUAUCGUUAUUCCGUUACCACUUUUUAAUCCUCUUCUUAACUAAUUCGCUGCCGUCAAAUAGAAACUAGCUUUAAACUGCUCAUCCCGAGCUCAAUUAAAUGUCAGUUUGUGGAUGUGUGAAUAAAUUACUAUCCCCAUGCCAUCGGCGGUCAUUGUACGUUUUAGAGUCAAUUUCCCCCGCGGUAUGGGCACACCUUGGUUUCACUUAGCCGUGGCAAAAACCAUGUACUAUUGGCCUUUCAAAUUAAUCCAUUCGUAGAAUUGGGGAUUUUAUGUUCUUUUUUUUAUGCACACACACACACGUAUAGAAGCACAGAAACACGCUCUGAAAGCCGCAACGAAACGGAAGUAACACCGAAACUGUGCACAAUUUAUCAAUCAAAUAAAUCAUCCACGUGCCGACCGGUGUACGCACCGCGUUCGGAGCACCAUUUUGGGACGGUUUUAUUUUUGAUGAAUAUUGCUAAUAAAGCAAACUUUGGGUAAGGGUGGGAGGGCAACAAGACGGGAAACAAAUGGAAAAUGAGAGAGUAAGAGAGAGAGAGAGAGAGAAAGUGGGAGAGAGAAAUGUACAGCGUGCUAAUACGAGCGGUUGAUUUAUUGAACAUUCUCUAUUCGUCUGUGACAGAUCUGCUUUGUCCAGCUGUCAACUGUUCCGUUUUUAUUUGUGCUGUGUGUGUGUGCGCGCGUUUUUGUUCCUCUUCUUCUUCUGCUCUUUUGCUUGCCUGCUUUCGCUGUCUGUCAACGACGCAAGUGAUGAUUAAUUGACUAAAGUGCCGCAAAAUGCUGACAUUGCUGUACGUUUUGAUGUACCGCGCGCCCGCUAUUGUUUAAUGUUUGCCGGGCGUGGAUCUCGAUACCAGGUUUUUUGGGGGCAGAAUUAUUACACCCAAAAACAAUUGCCUACCUGCAGGAUGAUGUCAAUUUGGUGCUAAAUAAAAUGCGUUUAAAACAAAAAAAAAAAAUAAAUAUAACAAUACUUUUACUUUAAAACAUUCACAGCAGGUGUAUAGUGUGAAGGCAGGGUUAAAGGAUACACACCCUGACGCAUGUGCAUGUUCCCCGUCCAUGGAAGACAGGUACCUCCCCUGUGGUUUGUGUUCCUGGUCGGUUACAGCACACCCAUCCCUCGCUCCGCUUAUCACUGGGCGGCGUCAGUAGCGCAGAUAGCUAACCCAUAAGCAGCCCGAAGCUUGGCGUGGCGUUGUUUUACACCUUUCAGCAGUAGCGCCCCGACAUGAUCUCACGAGGUAGGCGCUUUUUACGCGCGCGUUUAAGGUGUGUUAGCGUAGCCUAGAGGGAAUUUGGCGUGACAACUCGGUUAGACGUCCGCGAGCAUACCAGCUAUAGCGGGUAUGAUGAUGCCCGGUGCGGUUCACAUUCGGUAGGAUCGUACAUAUAUAUAUAUAGGACCGCUUCGCUACCGUUUCGUUUAUCAUUCUGUGAACCGUUUGUUCGUGCGCAUCGUUCGUUAUGGAGUCACGGUCGGUGAGCAAUUUCGAGCUGAAAGCAAUCACUGCGUGGGAUAAGCGUAAUUUUGCGCGCGGUGUUAAAAGUUUGUUUUUGGAGUAUUGCUCCAACAGUACGGUGCACGGUAUUAAGUACUUUGGCUGUAAGCGACGAACCCGGUUCGAGAAGAUAUGGUGGAUUGCAACCUUCCUCCUAUCGGUGUACGGCUGUGGCCGGUUGAUCCAGAACAUCUAUCGCAAAUGGGACCAAACACCGGUGAUUGUGAGCUUCGCUGAAAAAUCCACACCGGUGUGGCAGAUCCCAUUCCCGGCGGUUACAAUCUGUCCCGAAACGAAGGCAAGCAGCGAGUACCUUAACUUCACCCAGAUAUACGCACAGAUAAACGAAACCUAUCGGGAGGAGAUGUCAAACGAAACCUACGAUCGAUUCCGUGCGGUUGCGCAAGUAUGCGAUGCGCACAUUCUCAGCGGUGUUAGCCUGAAUCAAACAACCGAUCCGAACUGUGUCGAUCUGCUGCGGAACGUAUCGAGACCGCUCGAAUCGUUACUGUUUUUCUGCAAAUGGCGCAACGAUGCACGGCUUUGUAGCGAGUUCUUCACGGAAACGAUCACCGAGGAGGGUAUCUGUUUUACGUUCAACGGCCAAUCUGCCGGUGAGAUGUUAAGAUUAGACAAGCUGCACAGUGACUAUGAGUACAUAUCGGAGAAACGGGAAUCCCCGAAGUGGACACUGGAGAAGGGUUAUGCGGAAAAUACCGAUCUCAAUACGUACCCGGUACGGGUGCUGGGUGCCGGCGCGCGAGCCGGUCUUAACGUGUUGCUAAAUCUGUUCGCACAGGAUACGGACUUUAUCUGUCGUGGACCGGUGCAAGGAUUUAAAAUCUUGCUUCAUACCUCAAGCGAAUAUCCGCAGGUAUCGAAACAAUACUAUCGUGUGCCACUCCAUCAGGAAGUGAUCAUAUCCGUGAAACCGCAGAUGAUUACCACAUCCGAUGGGUUGCGUGAUUACACCCCCGAACGACGACAGUGUUUCUUCAACCACGAGCGCCAUCUGGAGUACUUCAAGGUGUACACACAGCAGAACUGUGAGCUAGAGUGUAUCACCAAAUAUACACUGGGAAAGUGCGGUUGCGUCAAAUUCUCCAUGCCGCGUGACGAUCGGACGGACAUUUGUGGCGCUAGCCAGAUCCAGUGCUACAACGAUGCAGAGGAUGAACUGCUGGCGGAAGACGUCAAGUACAUCGGGGAUAAAUCGUACGAUUUUCGUGCAAAGUGUAACUGUUUGCCGGCCUGUACCUCGGUACAGUACGAUGCGGAAAUCUCGCAAGCCGAUCUCGACUGGAAGAGCAUGUUUGCGGCGUACCGCCAAUCGCUCGGUGAGAUGGAAGGUGCACAGUUUGCGCGGCUGACGAUCUACUUUAAGGAGGCACAGUUUAUCACAUCGAAGCGUAGCGAACUGUACGGUGUGACCGAUUUCUUGGCAAACUGUGGCGGUUUGCUUGGGCUGUUUAUGGGUGUCAGUUUGCUCAGUCUGGUAGAGCUGAUUUACUUCUGCUCGAUCCGUCCCUUCACCAUACUGCGUGCGUAUCGCACCAGCAGACGCGAGUCACACGUGUUCGAUGCUCCGCCAAUUGUUGACAAAGCGAAAGAUUUUUAAUCCGGU